AGUUAGAUAAUCCAGGUAAGUCUUUAAUGCUAAAGAUGGGCAGGGAGGAGGGUGGAGAGAUGGCUAAUUGUGGGCUGCUAAUCCAGCACCUCCCCCAGGUUCACCCACCUCUACAUGUCACAUAUGGAAAAGACCAGGCACAUAGAGACUUCUGCACCCUGCUAAGUGAAAAACUAGUAUUUGACAAGAGAAAAACUAGUGACCAACUGGAUUACCUAAGGUUCAUAUACCCUGUAUAGAAUGUAGAUGUGCCCUACCAUCUCUCUCUGUAUCCUCUUCCUGCUAUUCACACAACUAUGGGAGAAGUCCAGAAGGGUUUGUUAUCAGUCAUCGAGAAGUUAAAGGGCACUACAGAGCAAGAACUACGCAUAGUGCUUCUCGGCCUGGAUAAUGCUGGAAAAACCACUCUGCUCAAACAGCUCGCCUCUGAAGAUGUAAACACCAUCACGCCAACUCAGGGUUUCAACAUUAAAAGCGUCUCCUGCGAUGGCAUGAAGCUCAAUGUGUGGGAUAUCGGAGGUCAGAGGAAGAUUCGACCGUUCUGGAAAAAGUAUCUGGAGAACACAGAUUUAUUGAUCUAUGUGAUUGACAGCGGAGACAAAAAGAGAUUUGAGGAAACAGGAGUGGAGCUUUCAGAACUCAUCGAUGAGGAAAAUCUCAAAGGUGUGCCAUUGCUCAUCUUUGCCAAUAAGCAGGACCUGGCCACAGCUUCACCUGCCAGUGAGAUCGCUGAGGGACUUAACCUGCACACAUACAGAGACAGAGAGUGGCAGAUUCAGGCUUGCUCUGCUGUGUCUGGGGAAGGUGUACAGGAUGGCAUGAACUGGAUCAUCAACAAUAUUGCAAAUAAGAAGAAAUGAAUGCACUUCCUUAUUUUGUACAGUCACUCCAGUGUAAACUAACAACGAAAUAUUUCUUUUAAAAAGACUUUAUUACUUUUUGUAAUAGCAAUAGUAAUGAGGAGCCGUCUUCAUAUCUGUAAAUUAGCUACCAACAGAAACCAACUGCGAAAAAACAGAACAAAUCAUUUUUACUCUGUUAUCUUUUAUUCUCUUACAGAGAAUUUUUAUUGCUGUCUGACUAGACACGCCUUUUACUUUGUGCAAACGCUGCCGCCGCUGUCACUGUAUGUGAGAGAUAUGAAACACCGGGAUAUAAAUAAUGCACAAAAGCAGAAUUUGCUGCCUAAAAUAAAGAGGAGUCUUUCAUGUAACUGUUACAAGUAUGUAGAGUUUUUCUCAGAUGUCUUGGUAGUUGUCAUUAACAGGAAGAGCAAAACUCUUGCUAAAGAUGAAAUAUGAAGAUCAUGUUUUAGUGUAUUUUGUAGUUUAUGAUUGUCAUGUG